AUAAAAACCACGAGACUUGCCAUGUUCUCUUCAGUCGAUCUCGUGACACUUUCUGGAUCAUUCAAAAUAAAUUUAAAGGAUGUAUAAAAUCAUUGUAUUGGCAGUUUUAGCAUUUGCAUCAGCUGAUGCCUUCUGGUCAGCAUGUACUGAUCAACCAAAUGCCUUAGCACCAACAAGAGUCGAGUCUGCAUCAUGCAGUGGUAGCUUGUGCACAGUAAUCCGUGGUGAACCAUUAAUUGCUGAUGUCUUUGCAACCUAUACAACUGUCCAUAACCGCUUGGAUGUUCGUGUAACUGCUUUCGUUCUUGGAGUUCCAAUCAAUCUUCCACAAGAGCCACCAUAUGAUGAUGCUUGCAAUUUCAUGUACCGAGGAGGAGUUCUUGUCGGAUGUCCAACUGUUCCAGGACAAGAACACGUAUGGAGAAUUAACUUGCUUAUUUCUGAAAAUUAUCCACCAUUCCAGAACUCACGUGUUCGAUUCGAACUUUUGGAGAACAAUGUUGUUGCAGCCUGCGCUGAUAUUCAAGGUACAUUGGUUUAAAUGACUUAUCAAAUGGAUUGUAACGAGUGAAAAAAUAUAAAAGAAAUUUAAUAAAACAGAUUAAGCAU